CAAACAAAGGGAGGCAACCUCUGCUCGGUUUGGACUGGGACCGCCUGUCUGCUUGCCUUGGCAGCAUUGCCGUUAAGCACUGCGUGUAGUGUGCCAUGCACGCUGCUCAUCUGGAUUUGUAAGCGAUUAAUAUUUUUCACAAGCAUUUCUUGUUUAUGAUUUUUUUUAUUUAAAUCAGGGAAGCCGUGAGUUGUUUUUGCCGUCGGGAUUCCACAGGUCCUAGAGAAGCGAGCUGUCUUAGUGGGUGAGCAGGCUUCUCGCUCAUCUGGAGGAAAGGGCAGGUGCCUGAUCCACACUUCACAAACAACAACUCCACAACUUCUCUCGACACCAUGACCGCUGCCAAUUCCAGCGCAAGCUCGUCCCACCUCCUCGCGCGCAGAACGGCGCUGGCGCUGCUGCUGCUGCCGCUGCUGCUGUGCCUGUCGCUGCCCUCGCUCCCUUCCCUGGCUCAGCCAACCUCCGACUGCUCGGGGGUCGCCUGCCCCGAGCUCGCCAACUGCCUGAAGGACGUGCUAGAGCACGGCCAGUGCUGCCCCACGUGCCUCCUCCGCGGCUGCCCCUGCGAGGGCCACCGGCUCCGGCGGUGCAUCGACGCCGGCUACAGCGCCGGCUCCGUCCCCGAGGGCGUCUCGGUCUUCAUCGGCGGCGUCCCGGGCGGCGCGGGCGGCGGCGCCGACGUCAUCGCGCCGGCGGGCGAGGAGUGCCUGUGCCCGCUUGGCGGCGGCGCGCUGGGCUGCGUGGCGCUGUCGGCGCCCUGCCCCGAGCUGCCGCCCCACUGCGUGGAGACGGUGCAGGGCGCUGACGGCUGCCCGCAGUGCCUGCACCUGGGCUGCCUGGGUGACGGGCGCGCCUACGCCGCCGGACACACGGUGCAAGCGCCCGGGUGCCGCCUAUGCCAUUGUCCCGCGUCGGGCGGGGAGCUGCUGUGCUACCCACUGCCCGACUGCGAGCCGGCGCUGUGGGACACCGCCGGCGCCACCGGUGCCAGCUUGUCAGAGCAGCAGCAGCGGAGAGCAACCGGGAAUGGAGAAGAAGACGGGGAUGGGGGCGAUGACGCCGGCAAGCGCGGUGACGUCAGGCAGCUGCAGUACGAGGUGCGACCGUCGCAGUGGAACGGUGCGCCGGAGGUGGUGCCGGGACCAGCGGAGAGAACCGGCGAGUCCGACGAGGUGGUGGAGGCUAACGAAAAUGAGACUGCGGCGGUGACGGCGAUGCACGGAGAGGGGCGGCCGGCAGGGGCGGCCAUGGGAAAGGCCGUCGAGAGAGACAGGCUGCAGCAGGCGGGUGAGGAGGCGGUGGGGCGCGUGGAGCCGCCACUGGCUGGUGCAGGAGGAGAGGCCGGUGGCGUUGGACGAAAUGGCUCUGAACCGGUUCCUCUCACCAGCCAGACCGACGCAGCGCUGCCGAGGGCGGACCCGCUGCAGGAAUGCUGCACGAGCGGCCAGCGCUGGGCCGCCAAGCGCCAGCAGUGCUCCGACCUACCGCGACCCGCCAACGACUUGGAGGCGUGCAGGAUGGCACAGAAGCGAUGCUGCCUGGCCUCGCUGGAGGAUGCCUCGUGCCAGGCCGGCAUGACGACCGCACGGCAGGUGUUGGGGUGCGGAUCUCACAUCGACAGCUGCUCCGGAAGCAUGUACCAGCCGUGCUGCGACUGCUGCCUGCUGGGCUUGAAGACCCAGAGCCAGGGCCUCGCCUGCACAGAUCUGCAGGGCCUGGGGCAGCUGUGCAGCCUCGUGUACCGCACCUGCUGCGCCAGCGGACAAAACAGCACGGCGGAACGAGGAGAUCAGUUCCAGAAGCAGAACGAAUGGAGGGAUGACCCCGACGUGCCGGCCAGCCAACAGCAAGUGGACAAGUGUCGCGCGUUGGGAAAAACGUGUGCCCACAAGUGCAUUGAAGCCGGCACGGGGGUGCAGUGCGCGUGUCACAUCGGCUACCGGCUCCGGAGUGACGCAGUGACCUGUGAAGACGUGAACGAGUGCCUGACGGACGAGCACCACUGCCAGGAGGGACAGCGCUGCAUCAACACGGUCGGCUCUUUCCGCUGCCAGCGCGAGAUCAGCUGUGGCACGGGCUACGAGCUCACUGAGCUCAACCACUGCCAGGACAUUGAUGAGUGCGAGACGGGCACGCACAACUGCGGCGAGGAGCUGAAGUGCCAGAACACGCUGGGCUCGUUCCGCUGCCGCCCGCGCGAGCAGUGCGGCGCCGGCUUCCUGCAGGAUGCGCUGGGCAGCUGCAUCGACAUCAACGAGUGCACGACGCAGUUGGACAUCUGCCAGCUGGGCUAUAAUUGCAUCAACACCGUGGGGUCCUUCACCUGCCAGAGGCACAUCAUCAACUGCGGGCGAGGGUACCACGCCAGCCCUGACGGAGGCCGCUGUGUCGACGUGGAUGAGUGCCAAACGGGUGCGCACCAGUGUGGCGAUGGCCAGCAGUGCCAAAACACUCCAGGCAGCUACCGCUGCAACUGCGCCAGCGGCUACUACUACGACACUCUGGGACGCACCUGCGUGGACAUCAACGAGUGCAGGCAGUACCCAGGGCGGCUAUGCAGCCACACGUGCGAGAAUGUGCCGGGCUCCUACCACUGCAGCUGCAGCAGAGGAUUCCAGCUGGGCACCGACGGCAAGACCUGCGAAGACACAAACGAGUGCGAGUCGAGCCCCUGCAGCCAGGAGUGCGCCAACGUCAUCGGCUCCUACCAGUGCUACUGCCGCCGCGGCUUCCAGCCCAGCGAGGUCGAUGGGGUCACCUGCGAAGACGUUGACGAGUGCUCGCUGCCCGGGAGUAAUGGCGGGCUCUGCGCGUACCGCUGUGCCAAUGUGCCGGGCAGCUUCGAGUGCUACUGCCCCGCGUACGGCUACACCAUGUCGCCCAACGGGCGCUCCUGCCUGGACCUGGACGAGUGCGGCACCGGCACUCACAACUGCUCGUCGUCUGAGAACUGCUUCAACAUGCAGGGCGGCUUCCGCUGCCUCUCCUACCAGUGUCCGUCCAACUACCGUCGCUCGGCAGAGAAUCGCUGUGAACGAAUUUCGUGCGCCGACCCGCAGGACUGCACCAGCUCGCCCGUUCGCAUCACCUACUACCAGCUGAGCUUCCCGCGCACCGUGCCGCUGCCCGCCAACAUCUUCCGCAUCGGCCCGUCGCCCGCAUACGCGGGCGACACCAUCACGCUAGGCCUCACGGCGGGCAACCACGAGGGGCUGUUCGCCACGCGCAAGAUGAACGCGUACACGGGCGUCGUGUACAUGCAACGCGCGCCCGACAGCCCCCGGGACCUGCUGCUCAACGUGGAGAUGCGGCUCUUCCGCCAGGGCACGUUCACGACGUUCCUCGCUAAGAUCUACGCCUUCAUCACUUCCGAGGACUUCUGAGAGAGCGGGGGUGGGGCGGGGGCGGCACAUGUGCGUGCGUGUGGGACUUGUGUGGGCGGGUGGCGGUGAUGGUGGUUGGGGAGGAAGGGAUGGUUGGUACCACGGCAAGCGUUUCAGAUUGUGCUGUUUUGCUUUUAGCUUGUCUGGUCUGUUGCCCGGCAAACCGUGGAGGAAUUAUCUAAGGCCGCAUUUUUUUUUCUUUUUCCCAUUACCGAGCCUUCAUCCGAUAUGUUUGGCCGGAUAAACGGGACUAAAAUUGUGACGAGUGCGAUGGGAAUGACCGCUGUUCACCAACUUUUUGCUAUUGUGGGAAUCUCAAAGUACAUCAUAGACGUCUUUGUUGUUUGGAAACUUUUGAUUCGAUACCCGGUGACGAUGUCUGAAAGGAAACAGGUCCCCUCAAGUAAGAAUGCAUAACCAUUGCAAUUGUUUUGGACCGCCUGUAGAUGGACUCGUGUGCUAGCAGCUGAAUGAGUUGUUGCAUCUCAAGCCCGGGGAGAGAUUGUGAUGGCUCGUGGAAGCCUUCAUUCAGCAGUGGAUAGAUCCUGGCUGAUGAUAAUGAUGAGCAGCUCCUAAGCUACGUCAUUGCAAGCAUAGGCCUACGACAUCAAAUUAUCUCUGGCACUCUACAACCUAUUUUGUAAUUUACCAGGUAAGGCCCACUGAGCUAUGUAGCUAUUUUUCAGAAGCGAUCUGGCCACAAAUGAUAGCUCAACGAAGUGGCUUAUCACGUGUAAAUUUAUUGCAGUCAAAUACUCUAAAUGCAUGUUUCUAAAUGUGGAGGGAAAAACCGGAAGACCCGGAGAAAAAAAUCACGCGACUGCUGGGAGAUAGAACAUGCAAACUCUAAAUAUAUACAACAGGCGUCAAGGUCGGGAUUGAACCCGCGACCUCCUGCAUACCAGGCCGGGGAGUUAACAUCUCGUCACCAAGCGGACUAGUGCCGUUGGCGGAGAUGCACGCAGCAGCAGGCAGCGCGCACACUUAAGUUUGUUUCUGUGUUACCGUGCCGCUCGUUUGUCCGUGGUUACUAAGAGGGUAAAAACACGCGAGCGCUGAGGAAUCGAAGUCUCCUUCAUUCGUUACCCCACUGCCCUACACCAGGUGUCAAGUCCUGCGAGUGAUGGCGAGAUUCCAAAGGUCACGCUUCAUGUCUGCGCCGCGUGUGGCCUUGCAAGGUCAAUUAAUAAUUUUGCAGCUGGAAUCGCGGUUUGUAUUUUCGAGGCAGCUAGGAAACGUUCACCGCUGUCUCCAACAGGAGUCACAAAUCACCCCCGGUUGCCACUCGCUGCGUAAUGCGCGGAAUUUUUUUUUUACAUAUAUACACAGUAUAUAGUUUCCAUGUCAGUUCGAAAUAAGGAAUAAUUUAUCACUUAUUUUUAGGGUCGCCCGUAGAACUGGAGUUUGUGGUACGUGGCGAAUGGCCACAGCCAAAGCGAGAGGUGUAGUGGAUGUGGUGGUGCCAAUCGCGGGAGAAUAUAUUCUGCGUCAGACAGACCCGGCUAAAAUUAAUCCCUGAUUUCGAAGCUUUUCAAACUUCCAACAAAUAAGUGCUGAAUAGUUUGUGGGGGUGAUGCGUUUCAGAACAAACGUGAUAAGGAAUAAUUCUGUGAAAUGGUAAACAUUUAGCAAAUAGUAGCACGAUCGCUGAACUUUUUUAAACACCACUGCGGCAUAUCAUACAUUGUGUGUGUGUGUAUUAAGGUAUCGUAUAUAUUUUAUAUUUGUAUAUCAUAACAGGUGGUUUGAGUUUGGGGUCCUCAAGAAAAAUGUAUUUAAUCAGAAUACAUCAUCUGCGAGAACGUGGAUCAGACAAACAGACAUUAAUAAUACAUUCAUUUUAUAUAGCGGCAUUCAUGCUUACAGCAGCCCACAACGCUGUAUGUUAAUUAUAUAUAAGGACCAAAUCCCAUGUAAGUGGUUGCCUAAGUACAGCGUGAAAGAAGCCCAACACACAUACAUACCACGCAAAUAAAACCCAUCCUACCAAGCUUUUUUUUUUACAAAUUAAGAAAUGGCACCAAAAAUAAAAAAGCACGAAAAAAGUUUUUUCUCGUAGAAGCUGAAACAAAGGCUGAAAAGUGCGCAACGAAGCGUGCAGUGGUGCAUGGAUCGAGUUCUGCUGAGCCACGGGAAGAGGACAACGCGCGUUUGGGGAGCGAGCUCGCAAGGGGCCAAAUCUCCUUUUGGCCGUUUAGGAGAUUGGAGUGGAUCCUGGGCAAGACGCCGUCGUUCGGAAGGGGAACGGUUGGUGGCCGGAGGUCGAGAUCAACGAGUGGAUAGAUCAUGGCUGAUUGUAUGUUGAACUUUCGCACCGUACCGUAGCCAAGCGUGCUAAUCGGACGUGCGGGGGAAGUACAACAAACUAAACGCAUGAAGCAGUUUUAAAGAAAUUAAUUUUCAGUCUAGAUUAUUUAAAUGUGCAUAGCUCCAGUGGCUUCCUAAUAUCGGAAGGAAGAGCGUUCCAGGUGGCCGCAGAAGUGCAUCUGAAAGCACGCGAUGCAGUGAUCAUCUUUGUUCGAUGUUCCGCAAAAAGCCACUGCGAGGUUGACCAGAGUUCACGUGAUUGAUAAUUAUGCGCCUUGAUUGUGAUAAUAUAACACGUCUGUUUUCAUGGUCUCUCCAAGUCAGCGAAACCUACAGUGGGUUCCACAGUUGACGAGAUCCACAUUGGCGCUCUCUUGUCUGCCAUGCGACGAUCGCUGUGCAAGGCAUUGUGGGAAGGCCCACCGAUUGUGGAAAAAGAGGCAAUUGAAGGGACCUCAGAUGUAGUUCUCUGAUGCCAUUUUCCAGAGGCCACUCUCUGACACAGGGUAGACCACUACUAUAUGGGAAAAUUCCAAACUGAAAAUGGAUUUGUCGUGUGACACGAUGCAGGACGAUGCAAAAUCCAAUUGCUGUAUUGUACUUCUCUGCUCCCACAUCUCGUCCCCAGCUUCACUAACCCUAACUGACCAGCGUGAUGCAUUAUGGUCAGAUAACUCACACUACCUGCUUGUUGUGGGGAGGCCCUCAUCCAGCAGUGGAUAUACAAAUCCUCCCUCCCUCUGCCAGUUGACCACGAACAGGUGAGCGAGACCCCUACAUUGAGUUGUGGGGUGUGGUUGGUUGUGGUGGUGGUUGUGGUGGUUAGGAUGGGGUGGUUUGCUAUGGAGGGGGGGGGGGGGUAACGUCACUGAGAGUGUGGCUGUACAUAUACAUUAUAAUGCCAAUAGCACAUUUUGAAUGAGACUUUUAGUUUAAAAGCUGUUAAUUAGGUACCACCCCCCUCCACUGCUUAUUUUAUCUCCGCGAUGUUCCUGCUUUUAGCCAAGGGCUGGCAUGUAAGGGUUCAUGCAACGCCCUUCGGAAAUUGCGCGAUGACCACAUUGAAAUGCCAGCCUGGGGCGUGAGAUUGAAAAUGAGCAUCAAGCCCAAGGGUGAGAAUUUAUUUUGGCUUUGGCCACCGGCGGCGUCGCGCGGGAUUUUUUAUUUCCACGCCGUCAAAAAAAGGGGCUUCUGUUCCGAGUCCCGAGUAGACGAGACUGGCAGAUCGGGGAGCAGCGGAAAACUUUUAACUCUUUGGCAACAAAAAUAUCGAGUAAUGUCCAUGUCUGCGGUGGUACAAGUUGUAUUUAAACAACCGAAUUUCUGUUAACUCUUUUUCCAUAAGGGGCUUGAUAAACAUUUGAUGUUUCGGGGGAUUUUUUUUAUUCCAUCCUACACAAAAUUAAAAAUGUUAUGUGGCCUAUGACUUGGCAUUUGGGGCCAUCCAUUUAGUACGUACGCAUGGAGGGGGGUUAACCAAAAUGCGUCUACUGACAAUGUACGUACGCAUAGGAAACGGGGGGGGGGGGGGGUUAAGCCUCGAUAAAAAAUUUGUGGACAUUGAC